CGCUCGAUUACGUAUUAAUAAUAUUUACAAUAAAAAAGUAGAAAGUAAUUUACAAUUUUCGCUCCAAUUUAGGAAAAAAUUGAAAAGCAGGUUUGAUCUGCGAUUGACCUCGUUGAAUCACAGGUUUCAGCUGGUUGAAAAUAGUAGAUUAGGAGCAUAAUGUUAAACUCGGGGAAUAGUAAUUUAAGCCGUGGAAGUGCCGCAAUAUCAUCCGAUAUUCCACCUUUGACGCAAUGCUUGCCUUUGGAGCAAAUUACAUUAGGCAAUCAAAAGUUCACUCGUUCCGGAGAGGUAAGAAGGAUUUUGGGUGUUCCCCUUGGAAGUGCGUCGAAUGAUUAUUCUUUUGGAGCUCCCCAUCCUAAGCCUCAACCUCCGGUGGCAACAGAGAAGAUAAAACACGCUAAAGAAAUUGUGCAAGAUGGACAUAGACAGGCCUGGGAUCGGAGAAAAAUGUUUGGUGAUUAUGUGUUCAGAGUGGACAAGUAUGAGGAAGCCUUGAAUUCAAAGAAGCGACAGAGAAGUGAACUUUCAUUAAACGAGAGGUUAAAUGGAGCAAGUUUAACAAACAUGGGGAGUCAGAUUCACAGAAACAGUCGUGAUAUUAUGACUCAAAGGUUGGAGAACAGAGCGAAGAGUGUUGGACUGAAUAAGCGGGUCCGUACAACAGUACCUGAUGUGCGGGCAGAUGGUAGAUCAAACCUUGUUUCGAGACAGCAGUUGGUCACGGACAAGGGUGUAGAUAUACAUCAAGAUUCUGGUGGAGGUGCAGUUCGAUUUGAAGAAAAAAUCCGUAGAUUGCCUGCUGGAGGCGAAGGAUGGGAUACAAAAAAUAAGAAAAAGCGCUCUGUUGGAGUUGUAGGUACUAGAAUUAUUAAUGCUGACCGAGAAGUCAAACGAUCAAUGCCUCCAAAGAUCAGUGCUGAGUCCAAGCUACGUUCUUGUGACACUCAGGGUUUCAGGUCAAAAUCUUCAUCUGGUGUUGGCGGUAUCAGUGAGUUGAAUGGUUCUCUAGAGCCUAGUGGUUCAGAUACCAGUACAGUGCUCAGGAAUGAAAUGGAUUCUGGAACUUCUCCAAGAGACAGAUUGGCCCUCUUAGAGCAGAAGGCUGUGACAAAAGGAAGAAAUAAGUCAAAUGUUAACGAAGACAAUUUACCAAGCAGUCCUAGUACAGUGAUAAAAGCAAAAGUUUCUCGUGCACCGCGGACUGGCUCCAUCAUGAUGCUAGAUUCAUCGCUUAAAGUUCAGUCCUCACCUAUUUCUCUUCAAGGUUCUACUUCCAUGGCUCAAUGGGUUGGUCAGAGGCCUAAAAACUCACGUGCAAGGAGAUCAAAUAUAGUCGCUCCAGUUUCAGGCCAUGUUGAAGCUCAAAUUUCAUCUCAAGGCUUUCCAACCUAUGAGUUUAGUGCCAGAACUUCUAGUGGAACCAAUGGAUUUCUAGCUGCCAACAGUAUAAACGAUCACAGUCCCAAAUUUAAAAGAGAAAUUGACAUUGGGCUAUCUGAAAGUGAAGAUUCAGGUGCAGGGGAGAGUAAAACAAAAGAAAGGGGAACAAAUAGUGGUGAAGUUGCUCCAGCAUCAUCUCAGAAAGGUGGGGCUUUCCUUUUGCCUUCUAGGAAAAGUAAGUUACCUACUAAUGAAAUUGGAGAUGGAGUUCGAAGACAAGGAAGAAGCGGAAGGGGUCAAUCUCUAGCAAGGCCAGGUAUUCAUGCAGUAAGAGAUAAAUUAGAGAGUCUACCAACAGGAAAGCCUCUUCAGAGUGUGAAAGCUGUUUCUGAUAAGAAUAAAAGCAAAACUGGUCGUCCCCCUUUCAAAAAGUUGAAAGAUCGAAAGUCUUCAGCUCGUAUCAUACCAGUACUCAAUAGUGGAUCUUUAGAUUAUACAGGUGAAUCUGAGGAUGAUCGUGAGGAACUAUUUAUGGCUGCCAAUUCUGCUAGGGAUGCAUGCAAUCUAGCCAAUUGUGGCCCAUUUUGGAAGAAAAUGGAUUCUAUGUUUUCUUCUUUGAGCUCAGAAGACUUGUCCUUUCUAAAGCAACAGUUAAGAUUUGCUGAGGAGCUUGAUGAGAGUUUGUCUCAGAUGCUGGGGGGUGAAUGCACCUUUUUGGGUGUUCUUGUGCGUAAGGAAUUACCUGAUUAUUGCGGUGAGAGACAGGAUGAUGACUCUAAUCACGAAUCAGUUAAGAAAUUUUCUCUAUAUGGAAAACUGGAAAUGGGAAGAUUGGAGAAGGGUGCUCCACUAUACCAGAGAGUUCUUUCUGCUUUAAUUGAAGAAGAUGAAAGUGAAGAGUAUUACAUCCACUGUGAAGGGAAGAAUAUUCCACUUCACUAUGCUAGUGAUGAUUCUCAUUGUGAUUCCUGUAAUCUGAUUGAUAUUGAUCCCAAAGAUAGAGAUAGGAUGGAAUCUGAAGUUGAAUCAACAGUGGACUUUCAGACGCACAUGAAUUCUUUCUUGGACAGAAUUUCAUGUGACAAAAGUACUGUAUCUAACACAAAUAGGAACCCAAGCAUGUCUAGUUCUUUACAUAGCAAUGAACGGUGGCCAGGAGAUGAUGAUUUUUCUCAUUCCGAUUUUGGGCAUACUGGUGAAAUAUGCUCAAAUGAUCUCAAUCAGCUGCAAAUAAGGGAAUCAAUCGCAUCUGGCUUCCCUUCUGAUGAUCAGAAAUAUCAGCUGAUGUCUCUUGAUGAUAAGGUUCUGCUGGAGUUGCAAAGUAUUGGUCUUUGUCCAGAAAUAUUGCCUGAUUUGGUAGAGAGAGAGGAAGUGAUUAAUCAAGAUAUAAUGUCACUCAAGGAAGGCCUGUACCAGCAGAUUGGAAGGAAGAAAAGGAAGUUAGGGAGAAUAGAAAAGGCAAUUCUGAAAGGAAAAGAAGUGGAAAGAAGGAACGUUGAGCAGGUUGCCAUGGAUCAACUUAUUGAGCUGGCUUAUAGAAAACGACUGGCUUGUCGUCGUAAUAAUGCCUCCAAAAAUGCAGUCAGCAAGGUUUCAAGACAAGUUGCCCUAGCAUUUAUAAAGCACACUCUUGCCAGAUGUAGAAAAUUUGAAGAGACAGGGAGCAGUUGCUUUAGUGAGCCCGCAUUACAGGAGGUCAUCUUCUCUACACCUUCAUCCAACAAUGAUGCCAAAUCUGUUGAUAAUGUCGGCUCAGGUACUGCAAGUAACACAUGCAAUGAAGUUUCUAACCACCAUACUGAAGCCAGAGGAUCAGUUGGCAAUUCCGGCACUUUCGAGAUAGAUGAUUCGCCUGGUGAAUACUUGGAUAAGAAAAGGAAGAGGGAAGUGCUUAUAGAUGAUGUGAUUGGCAGUGCUUCAUCUCGGGCUACAUCGUGUCUCAACAGUCCAAUGCUCGGCAGAGCGAAGGGUAAGAGAAGCGACAGAGAUAGGGAUCUAAAUAAGGAUAUUAUAAGAAGUAAUUUCGCUUCUGGAACUGGCCGUUCAACAUUGGAUGGAUUCAAAGGUGAACGAAAAACAAAAUCAAAGACGAAGCAAAAGAGCAAUAAUUUGUCAACGUUAGAAAACGGAACUCGUCGAUCUAGUCAAUUGGCGGUUAAUCCUAGCAACAAAGUAGAGAAAGAUGUGGGGCCAGAGUCGACCAUCCUCCGAGAUGCUUCCAAAGAAACAGAUGAGUUUGCCAACUUACAGCUACAUGAGUUAGAUACAAUUGGACUAGAAGUAACAAACGAUCUCAGUGAGCAACAAGAUCUCGGUUCUUGGUUAAAUUUCGAUGAUGAUGAGUUGCAAGAUCAUGAUUCUGUAGGACUUGGGAUACCAAUGGAUGACCUGGGAGAUCUGCAGAUGAUGAUGUAGAGAAAAUUGGUGAUGCAUCAGAACUAACCUAAUUUAGCUAAAGCAAAGUAGAUCAAAAGGUUGAAAUUGUAGUUUAUUUUGUGUAGAUAAUGUGGGUGACUGAACGCAAUUGAUUAUUUGUAUUAAAUGUGCUUUCAAUCUUUCUAGUCAUUUUUCAAGAAUUUUUUACAUAA